AUGGCAUGUGGGCCAGGAGAUCUUCAGAGCCUCACAUCUCCAUUUUCUUCUGCCAAACUUGGAAAUUCCCUCUUUUCAGAAGAGCCCUGGUUCCAGGCCUGUGGUCACACCAACAUCGCCUGCAAGAUGGUGAAGGGGAAGCUGGUAGAGGUAGGCAAGUGGCCAUGGCAGGUGAGCAUCCUGUUUCUGGGCGUGUACAUCUGCAGCAGCUCCCUCAUCCACACUCAGUGGGUCCUCACGGCCGUGCACUGCCUAGAGAGAUCCAAGGACCCCAAAAAGUACUCCGUGAGGGUGGGAGUCCAGCAGGUCUCAGAAAACGGCACUUGGCUCCUGCUCACUCGCAUCGUGAUCCACGAGGAUUUCCACAACCUCCUAUCCCAGGACAUUGCCCUCCUGAAGCUCAGGGACCCCAUCUCCUGGUCCCCCCUCAUCCACCCUGUCUGCCUACCCGACACCAAAUUCAAGCUCUCGCUCGGGACCAUGUGCUGGGUGAUUGGGUGGGGACAUAAAAAUGAACAAGAAACCUCAAGUAGCCCCUACAGUCUUCAGGAGGUGGCCGUCAGGAUCGUUAGCAACGGUAUCUGCCGUCAGCAGUACCAGUUUCUCUUCUUGAAGAAAGAGAAGUUCAUUGGGAAGGACAUGCUGUGUGCCUUCUCAGAAUUGGGCAUGGACUCUUGUCAGGCUAACUCUGGCAGCCCCCUCGUGUGUCAGGUGAACAACUCCUGGAUCCAGGUGGGGGUGGUGAGCUGGAGCUUUCGCUGCAACCGGCGACGCUUCCCAAGCAUCUAUACCAGCACCCCCCACUUCACCUACUGGAUCCAGAAGCAGAUCAGUGACAUGAGGUUCAUCAGCAGGGCCAGCGCUGCCUUCCUGAGCCCGGUCACUGGCCACAUCCUGCUGGUGUCCUUGGGCUCCAUGUGGCUCCUGUGA